CUCCUACCUGCACCGCGAGGGGGCAGAAGGACAAGAGGAUCCACCAGAAGCUGAAGCGCUUCAAGACGAAGAUGACGCAGAUGCGGCACUUCUUCCACGAGGACGAGGAGCCGUUCAACCCGGACUACGUGGAGGUGGACCGCAUCCUGGACGAAUCCCACAGCGUCGACAAGGACAACGGGGAGCCGGUGGUCUACUACCUGGUGAAGUGGUGCUCCUUGCCCUACGAGGACAGCACCUGGGAGCUCAAGGAGGACGUGGACGAGGGCAAGAUCGGGGAGUUCAAGCGGAUCCAGGCGCGGCACCCGGAGCUCAAGCGGGUGGCCCGGCCCCAAGCGGGCUCCUGGAAGAAGCUCGAGUUGUCCCACGAGUACAAGAACCACAAUCAGCUCCGCGAGUAUCAGCUGGAGGGCGUCAACUGGCUGCUCUUCAACUGGUACAACAGGCGAGAGCACAAAGUCCUCUUGACGGGCACCCCCCUGCAAAACACGGUGGAGGAACUCUUCAGCCUCCUGCACUUUCUGGAGCCCUCUCAGUUCCCUUCCGAAGCCGAGUUCCUCAAGGACUUUGGAGACCUCAAGACAGAGGAGCAGGUGCAGAAGCUACAGGCCAUCCUCAAGCCCAUGAUGCUCCGGCGGUUGAAGGAGGACGUGGAGAAGAACCUCGCUCCCAAGCAGGAGACCAUCAUCGAGGUGGAGCUGACAAACAUCCAGAAGAAAUACUACCGGGCCAUCCUGGAGAAAAACUUCUCCUUCCUGUCCAAGGGUGCUGGCCACACCAACAUGCCCAACCUGCUCAACACCAUGAUGGAGCUGCGGAAGUGUUGCAACCACCCCUACCUCAUCAACGGCGCGGAGGAGAAGAUCCUGGCCGAGUUUCGAGAGUCGUGCCACCACCACGUGCCCCACGACUUCCACCUCCAGGCCAUGGUGCGCUCGGCCGGCAAGCUGGUGCUCAUCGACAAGCUGCUGCCCAAGCUCAAGGCCGGCGGCCACAAGGUGCUGAUCUUCUCCCAGAUGGUGCGCUGGGGACGGUGGCGGGAGAUCCUGUCGCACGGGCGGUUCAAGCGGCGCCUCUCGGAGCGGGACGUGGAGACCAUCUGCCGGGCCAUCCUGGUCUACUGCCUGCUGCACUACCGGGGCGACGAGAACAUCAAGGGCUUCAUCUGGGACCUCAUCAGCCCUGCAGAGAACGGCAAGGCCAAGGAGCUGCAAAACCACUCGGGCCUGUCCAUCCCGGUGCCCCGGGGCCGCAAAGGCAAGAAGGUGAAAUCGCAGAGCACCUUCGACGUCCACAAGGCCGAGUGGAUCCGCAAGUACAACCCCGACACCCUCUUCCAGGACGAGAGCUACAAGAAACAUCUCAAGCAUCAGUGCAACAAGUAA